CUAUUCUUCUUACUAGUAUAUAUAUUGCUAUUAUACCAACGAAAUAUGUCCCAAAGCAAUUUAAAAAUGCAAUGCGACUAAUUAUGUUAUUGAAACCAGGGAUCCACUAGAGUAAGCUUAUUCAUAUACAGACCAAAAUCGCUUUUAUCAAGUUUGCGAAGCUCUUUGAAAAGCUUCUCAUUCAAUCAAAACCACUAAUAGAGAAUAGACACUUCAUGCCUGAUCAUCAAUUUGGAUUCAAAACUCAAUGAACUUUAUAACACCACAAACGUUACUAGCAAGACUCUGAAAGAAAAAAAAAUAUUGCUGUGGAGUAUUUCCAGACGUGGCUCAAGCUUUUGAUAAAGUUUAGCAUAAAAAACUACCCAUGAAACAACGAGAAAAAUUGUUACACACCUGGUGCGCGUUUCUUGAUCUUUACUUGGCUGAACAGUUUCGAGUCAUUCAUAAAGAGGAGAUAACAAAUUGGAGGAAUAUAUCGGCUGGUGUACCACAAGGUAGUAGUUCUAGGACCUUAACUUUAUCUGCUUUACACAGCCGAUAUCCCUACAAACAACAAAUCAAUGACCGCUAUGUUUGCUGGCGAUACGGUAAUUUUAACGACCAAUAAGGAUCAACACAGGCUGAGACUGAUUACUUACAGAUCUCAAUCAACAACAUUUUAAAUUAGACAAGACAUUAUAAAAUUCUAAUUAAAAGUAACAAUUCAGUGCACAUAAAUUUUACUUUGCGCAAAACUGAGGAUAUCCAAGUGUCACUGGAUCACACAAUAAGCCUACAAAAAGAUUUAGCUAAAUACUUAGAUAUUCACCUUGACUCUUCGGAAGCAUCGUAUUUGUAAAAAAAAUUAAAAAUUAAGAAAAAAAUGCACAAAUUGUACUGGUUAGUUGGAAGACAUUCCAAACUAGAUUUUGCAAACAAACGUCUAUUAUACGUAAUGACAGUUAAACCAAUAUGGAUGUUUAAUCGCCAACCACGGACCUGCCUGGCGUCGUCGAUGUAUACAAAGUCGACUCGCAACAUCGAAAUUCGAGGAGAAUAGGUGACCAAAAACAAUAAUGUCUCACGCAAUAAUAUAGGUAUCCGUUACGGAAAUAUUGGUAGUAAACACACGAUAUCAGUUUACACCCAAAUAACAACACAACAACAACAAUGGUAACAAUAACGGCUACCGUCCUGGGGUAAUUUUACCUAGUUAAAUGUGUCAACAAAUCCAUGAAAUAAUUCAGACUUUUUGGAUUAUUUCGAAUAGAAUCUCAUUAACAAAGUAUUUUUAUUCAAAUUACCAUCACUGGUUACGGAGGCAUUACACCACCAAAUUAUAUGUCAUGUAUUUACUUUGCCGUAGAUUCCCUUUCCCCUACUAACAUCACCGACAAUAUUAUACCCAGUAGAUACACAUAUUAAAAAAUUAUCACACUAAAUUUCAAUUUAAUAGAAAAGAAAUAAAAUAUAAACCUUUAUUAUUUAUAUAAUAUGCUAAAAUACGAUUACUAUUACGUUGAGUUCACUAACAAAUAGUAACAAAAAUUCUGAAGUGUAUAAAGGUACCAAAAUUUAGACUAUUAGUACAUGUGCGAGUUUUUAUUUUGAAUGAUUUUUUUGUGAAAAUCUUAGUUUUAAGAAUUUAAAUUUGUAUUAAAAAUGUUAUUAACUAUUUUUGUUGAAAAACAUUUUCGUAAAUGUAUGUUUGUCGGUUUUAUUUUAAAUUGGUUUCCAAAUCGAUUUUUUUUUUUAAACAUGUUGUUAUUUAAUAGGAUUUAGGUAAUAAAUUACUAAAAAACUCCCNACAGAUUAUUUUUCAGAAAGGUUGCUAAAAUUAAAAAUCGAAGCAAGAUUUCUGGUGAAAAUGUUGUCCACAGAAAAAAAAAUAAACAUCUUUGUAAAACUAUAAGCUUCUUCGCUCCACUCAAAAUUUAAAAAUAAGUAUUGUUAUAAAUAAAAUUAAGUCCAAAAUACAUGCUACACACAGACGAAAUUCUUAACAACCAUAACUAUAUCUAAGAACACGAAUUUGAGGCUUAUGUGGCUAGUAUAAGAUCGACUAUCACGUAUGGCUGUGAACCUUGGACGAAAACCAGGCAAACAGAGAGAAACCUGGGAACUUUUGAGAACAUCAUCAAUCUAUCAUCGAUGAAACAACUGGGAACGGGCGGAAGAGAUUAAACAAAUAAAUGUGCAAUAUGAUGAAACUAGCACCAGUAAUGAGCUUCGUUUUAGGCCAAAGAAUACAAUGGUUAGGUCACAUAAUGAUAAGAGGAGAGAACGAUAAAAUUAGCAAAGAACUGGAGUGGAAACCACUGAGUAAAAAGCCUAGAGGAAAACCUAGGAAAAUAUUGAUCCACAUAAUGGAGGAAGAUCUGAUAACCCUUGAAAUGGAAGAUUGGAGAAAGAGAUGA